AUGGACACCCAGUUCUGCUCCCAGGCUGACGCCGAGGCGCUCCCGGAGACGCUCUGCUUCCACGCCGAGGCCAAGGGCGCCCAGGUGCUCCUGGACGCGGGGCGGCGCGUGGCGGGCAGGCGCGCCACGUUCCACGACGGCAUCGUGUUCAGCCAGCGGCCGGUGCGGCCCCGCGAGCGGGUGGCGCUGCGCGUGCUGCGCAACGAGGGCCGCUGGCAGGGCGGCCUCCGCGUGGGCUUCACGCGCCUGGACCCCGCGCGCGUGUCGGCGCCCUGCCUGCCGCCCUUCGUGUGCCCCGACCUGGAGCAGCAGAGCCCGACGUGGGCCGCGCUGCUGCCCGAGAACUGCGUGCGCGUCGGGAACGUGGUCAGCUUCUGGGUGAACCACCGCGGCUGGCUCUUCGCCAACGUCAACUCGGGUCCCCCGCUCCUGCUGCGCAAAGACCUGCGCAUGGGCGCCCCGCUCUGGGCCGUGAUGGACGUGUACGGGACCACCAAGGCCAUCGAGUUACUGGAUUCUACAGCCAACGUCAUCCCAACACCCAGGCCUCAGCUCGUGGAAGGUGACUCUCCUCAAGCUCCUGAAGAUGCAACCGCAGAGGACUGCACCAUCUGCUUCCACCACACUGCGGACACCUUCCUGGUUCCUUGCGGCCACCCGCACUUCUGCAGCCACUGUGCCUGGCGGGUCUUCAGGGAGACAGCCACAUGCCCGCUGUGUCGCGGCGAGAUCCAGGGACUGGGCUCCCUCUGCCUGCUCCGGGGACUCAGGGGAGCCUCUGAGUCCAUGCAGGCAAAAGAUUGGACCUAG